AUGCAUCCCAAGAUCGUGACCCGGAGCGGAGGAUUCACAGAUUUCUGGACGUUCUUUUUCGAGAUUAUAGGACAAACUUUACCCAGUGCUGCUAGGAAAUUGGCAAAACCGAACAAGGUGCACAAGCUCGUAGCCCUGCCCAUAUCUGGAUCAGAUGAGGAGCCACCCAAGAAUAAUGCCACCGAAGAAGAGAAGGGAGGCAGAUCUGCCCGAUGGAUAUUUAAGACGUUUUCGGAGUCAAAAACAAAACUUCCAGAGACAACGGUGGCUGCUUUGGUGUCGGCAUCUCUGCCAUCACCGACCAUGGAGCCACCCGCCGGGUUCCAAGUUUUUGGGCCAAAGCUUCGCCAUCGGGGAAGGCACACCAAGAAACCAACUACGGGCACCACCAAGAAAAAUAUAAUGCUUUAUGCUGAACCACAAGAUAGUCCUGAAGGUGAGGCCGGCAGCCCGUCCAGCGGCUCCAAUAGCGACAGCAGUCCCGAAGCAGGCGGUGGUGGAGAAGCGGGUGGAGGAGCGGGUGGUGAGCCUGGUGGAGGCGCGGGUGGUGGUGCGGGUGGUGGUGAGAGUCCAAGUGGCGAUGGAUCAGGUGGAUCCCAACCGGGCAAGGAGUUGACACUCAAAGUGCCACAGUUCGAUACCGACGCGUACGGCGGCCGUGUGUUCAAUCCCUGGGCUGUAACUUUUGGCAAUAUUAAUCUGGACACGCGAUUCAAUGAGGCCCAAUUCGAUAUUCCUAGAUUUUCGAUGGAAAUGAAUCCGGUGACCAACUACUAUCCAAAGGGCGAUAAUUUGACCACCGCCUGUUUCAACAGAUCGACCAUCUACAAUGAGGUCAAGGUCGAGAAGUGGCUGGUGCGCCACAUCUACAGCAAGCGGAAGAAGGAGCGUGCCUUCUUCAUGGCCUUCCGGCGGGAAAUCUACGACAUGGCCAACUCGGAGGAGUGCCACACCCCGGAUCUGGACGACUGGUUGACCUACCAGCAGUGCGCACUGCGCCGCAAUCAGCGCAUGGAGUACUACAUUCCAGAGUAUCCGCGCCAGCAGCUCGCCCUAAACUAG